CCCAGCUAGCGGCCAACACGCUUCAAUUGUGGCGCGACUUCAAAAACCGCGCCAUUUUUAAACCGUUAUUGUAUCGAAAAUUCGAAUUUAGAAUCGAAAUUUAAAUUAGUGCGAAUUAUCGACAUUAGUGCGUUAGUUAUUUACAGUAAGCCGUGAAGUGAUUUAAGUGUUUUGGAUAAGCUGUAACUUAAAAAUUGAGGUCCUACUUCGUGAUGGAGCUCUUUACGUGAAGUGUUAAUAAUAUUAAAGUGAUACGUGGUUGUAAUAAUUUUUUAUCAUCUGUGAAUUAUUAACCGUUUGAUUCAAAUUAUAAUUUAUUAGUGUUGUGUAGUUCAUUAAAAAGUAUAUUCAAAAUGAUGACCCUCUACAGAACAAUUAAAGGGACCAGCACGUCGAGAAGAAAAAGGCGUGAAAGAAGCCUGGGCCCGUUUGACGCGGCGUCGGGUGGGGAGAUGGUGUCACGACGUCGAAUCUUAUCGCGUUCACGCGACGACCUCACACAGGCUUUCGCUACCCAAGUGGAGGAAGAGGAAGAUGUGUGGUAUCAAAAGGACAAACUUUACAAGGAACACAUACAAGAAGUAUUGGACAAAUGGACACAGAUCGACGACGAAAUCUGGGCGAAGGUGAUAGUGUUUGAGAAGAAUCGACGCGUGGCGAAAGCGUAUGCGCGUGCGCCGGUACUCACUAUCAAUGGAUCUGACGACGGUUUUGACGGCAUGAGAAUCGGCCUAUGCGGAUUUGACAACCCACUCAGAGAUCCGAAGACAGAAGAAGUUAAGAAACACGUUGGACAGGGCGUGAAAAUCAAAAUGGAUGACGCCGGUAACAUACUCAUCAGACGCUACUCCAAGAGUAGUGUGUUUGUGAAGAGUACAGCCGCCACAAACAACGAGGAGACGGCGAUAGGCCAGGACAUAGUCAAGUUACCUGGAUACUCAUUGGAACAGGAGAAAAUAUUUAAGCUGUUCGACAUGAAGAAGUUCCAGUCGAAUGUGAACCGAGAGCUUCGGCGCUCGUACCCGGAUCGGCGGCGGCUGGAGACGCAGUGCCUCAGCGCAGUCGCCUUCGUCAAGUCGGACGCGGACCUGCUUGAGUGUCCCAUCUGGGUGCUCGUCAUCAACGUCGUCGCUAUGGAUAUGCUCAAAUCUAAACUGCCACCAGUACAAAGACCGUUGGACAUCAAGAACAGACCUCGCAUACCGAUCCCCGACGAAGAUCCCUACAGUAUCGCCAGUUCUAACGCAAAUGGCUCAGGAUCUAGUGGCAGUUCCGGUGGAUACGGACUUGGCAAUGGACACGGCAAUGGCAACGGUCACGGCGUGGUGGCAGCUACACGGGAGCAGCUCAUGAUGCAGAUGGGACAGAAGAGAGGAGACAAGCCACCUAAGCUUCCUCCGCGAGAGAAUGGCUACGGACCUGCUGAUAUACCCAAGCCGGACUACGAUGACAUUGAAGUGAACGGACGCGUCCCGUCGCAGUUCCCAAGAGGUAAAUCGGAUAAAGGGAAGGACAACAAAAAAUAUGAUGACCCGUACUACUGCGGUCUGCGCGCUCGUGUGCCUAACUUCGUGAAAGCAAAUGGCAAGCACGUGCUACCGACGAUGACGGAGCGGUUGACGCUGAAGGAGGCGCCAGUGCCCAGCAAGCGCUACAGCGUGGCGCAUGCCCACCCUGGGCCCUUCCUGCCACACAUGCCGCCCUUCGCGCAUGCGCCCAUGCCGCCCACAGCCCUCUGGCACGCUCGCUCCUACGAGAGUGGAAUCGAUGGCGAGCAUUACGACCCUUACGCACUUUACGGCCGCCUGCCCGUGCCCGGCCGCGGCUUCCCGCCCCCGCCCGCGCCGCACGCUCGCCAAAUGUUCAUCGGAGAAUGGGACUAGAUUACACGGGACCUAUUAGGAAUUAACUCGAUUGAAUAUCGUUGCAUCGAUGUUGUCGAAAUUUGAAAUCGAUUUUUUAAUAAACUAUUGCUCGACCACAUCGAAUCUGAUAGUUGACUAGUAUGGUCGAAAGAGAGAGUAAUUUCGAAUCUUUAGUCGGUGCAGACACCGAAGUUUUUUAAGCUAAAUGUUUAUUCUUGUUUCGCGAUUUCAAUAAUAUCGAUGUGACUGUAUAAUUAUUGGAUAAUCUGUAAAUACUUGUGCUUCUUGUAAAUUAUGAUAUAUCAGACGGUCCGUCGUAUUCGGAUUAUGAUUCGAUGAAUACUGGCAAUAUUAUUUAGCGAUUACGAUAAUUUGUAAAUUUGUCAUAGAUCGUAUUAACUUACUGUCGUAGAAGCGUGCUUGUUCUAUGUUUUUACCAUUUUUAUAAGUAUUGAUUCUAUAAGUAAAAUACUUUGCAUAAUCGUAUUAAAUUAUCACUGCCAAUAAUGUAGACGUCAGUGUAGAUGAACAUGAUAAUCUAUUUCUUGUUUAUGCUAUUUUCGAAGUAAAAUAGAUUUUGUAAAGCAAAAUCUGUUUAUGGUAUUUUUAAGUUAGGUAUCAAUCCUAGUCAAUACAGGGUUGGGAUGUAAGCAAUUCUUUGAAAUAUCGUUUUUUUGUAUACUUAUUUAUAUCAGCUGAACUGCUGGUGGAUAUUGUAGUUUUGUACUGGACAUAUUAUAGGUUAUUAGAAUGUAGGAAAUAAUAUUUUUAGAUAUAGUAUUUGUAACUUUAUAAAAAUUACGAUAAAUCUCUUUUGUAUAUAGACUAAUUUCGACGAUUAGAUAUUUUAUACUUUAGGAUUUUUAAACAUUGAAUUAUUUUUGAUAUCCGUUGAUUUAUCUUAUUUACCAAUACUCAAAUAUUUUAAAUAUAGGAUAUAUAAUUGUAUAAUUAUGGUAAGAAUAAUAAAUUGACAAUAUCUUUUACACGAAUAUGAAAAUAAAUUAAGAGUUUUUGGAAAUAUUUCCAACGUUUUGAUAUUGUAUGAAGUUGAAAUUGUCCAAAAUAUUUUAAAGGUAUUUAAAUUUCGAAACUAUUUUUGAAUAAACAUUAACUUGUCUAUACUUUGUACUUGUAUAUUUUUAAUUUAAUUAACGAACAUGUAACAUUGGUGUAAAUUCAAAAUUAUAUUUUCAGAGGUGCUACACAUGUUACCAUUUUAUUGUAAUUUUUAUAAGCGUAAAAGUCACAUUAUUUAAUAAAAUUCAAUGACUUUAAGUGAGAAAAUUAAAUGAAUCACAGAAAAAAUAUUAAAAAACACAAUGGAAAUGAAACGGCAUUUACGAAUUUAUUUGACAAAACUUAAACGUACUAUUUAUUGAUUUUGUUUUGUAAAUUAUAAUAAAAUUUUAUUGAAUAUUGUAUAUUAAAAAUUAAAAACAAUUGAACAUUCUAGAAUAAACGCUUUGUAAUGACGAAAAGUUGGAUAUCUUUGAAUUGUUCGACAGAUUAAAUAGAAGUGUUGCCCCUGAAUUAAAUUUGAUUGAUUAGAAUAGCAUCAACAUCCUCUUCGUAUAUCGCAGGGUGUUGGUUAAUGAGUAACCUAUUUUAAGGAAAAUAUGUAUGAGUAAAAUAUAAAAUUAUUUCUAAUAAU